CAUCGUAUAUUACUGCAUCCAAGUUGCCAACGUUGCCAACUGUCCCCGGGUGACAUUCGUCGUUAUUUUUUGAUGACAUUGUGUGCAAUGUACGAAAAUUUGUAAACUCUCCCAAUGUCCGAGCCAAAUGUCGAAAUUUCCAGUGAUAAUUCACAAAAUAUGUAUAUGCGUGAUGAAGCCGUCGAGGUAAGAUCCAGCUCUGAUAAACCCCCACCAGUUUUCGCGGAGGUGCACAAAUGGUUCAACACGGUGGGUGAUGACAAACGCGGCGGGAAAAUCACUCCUAGAGAAUUACAAACCGCGUUUGAAGUGUUUCAAAACCGGCACUUUUCCGACAGCGUUUGUAAAUUCAUCGUACGUCUGUUUGACCUUGACAAACGCGGCGGGUUGGACCUGAAAGAGUUCGAGCAGUUGUACUACUACGUCAAGCAAUGGGUGAGUGCUUUCCAUGCGUUUGACUACCAACGCACCGGGUACCUCGAUGAAGAAGAAUUUGCUGGUGCUUUGAGACAUCUAGAUAUUAAAUUCAGCGCGGAGUUUGUGCGUUAUUUAAUGAAGCGGUCUGAUCCCGCCAAAGAAAAGAUAGCCCUUGACCAGUUCAUCAUGACCUGUAUACAGAUCCAACGAUAUACUGAGGAAUUCAAACAGCGGGAUGCUAACUUCACGGGUGAAAUUAACCUCAAAUACGAAGAUUUUUUGGAGAUGAUUUUAAAAUGUAUGUAGAUGCGCAGAUAAUUUGUGUUUACGCCAUCUGGUGGAGAUGUUGUUAAUGAAUACAUAACCUAAAUGAAUAUACAAAAUCCAAAUCGUU